UUCGCGCCUUUUAAGACGGCAACAAACGAUAAACGCGUCUCCCAGUGAAUGUCAGCGCAGCUGCUCCAAUUUACAUGCAACUGCAUUCCAUUAAGUCGCCUUUUACAACAAGCGAGAGCCUCAAAGAUGUUAAUAAAUAUGUGCAGAACCUGCGGCAGGCGCAAUCUCUGUGACCAAAGCAUAAAUCUAUUCGAGCAUGACAACAGGAAAGUGUUGCGGCAUAUUUUCAUGAUUGCUGGAAUUCGGUUGAGAGAUCUGACGAAUGUUCCCGGCUUCAUCUGCCAUUGCUGCCAGUCGGAUCUCAAAAUGGCCAUGACCUUUCGGAAGCUGUGCCUCAAGACCCAGAAACGAUGGCAGCCCAAAAUUGUGAAAGACGAAGAUUCCUCUCUUAGCGAAAUGGAAUGCCAAGCACAGGCAGAACCGUUGAAGGGAAAAAUAAUGAAUUGUAGCAAAGUCAGCACAUUUAUGGAAACUGAUGACGAGCCAAAGGAGCCGGAGGAACCGUUCAUAAUAAUGCUGGAAAGAGCAGCCAACGAGCAAUAUUUUCGGUGUGAACAAAUCGAUGAGAUGGAAGCCAAUAACUUGGACCUGGAUAUCGCCAUAAAAUGCGAGCCAGAGGGAAGUAGCAGCGAAGCGGAACAGCUAACUAGUGAUCCAAUACUAACCAAAAGUAGCCACAAAGUCAAGUCGGAAGACGAACCCUACAUAUGCGAGCUGUGUGGGACGCAUUCCCAUUCAAAGACUGUUUUUGAGCGCCACAUGCGAAAGCACACGGGUGAGCGCCCGUACGGUUGCCUGGAGUGUACCGCAAAGUUUUUCACGGCCGCCGAAUUGCGUUCACAUCAUCGUGUCCACACGGGAGAGCGACCGUUUGCCUGUCGCUAUUGUGAGCGGCGAUAUGUGAGCUACAUGGGCAGAUUGAAGCACGAGAGAAUCCACACCAAUGAGCGCCCUUUUGUCUGCGCCGAGUGCGGCAAGGCAUUCACCAAUUCCUAUAUACUAAAGAACCACAUGCUAGUGCAUACGGGCGAACGACAAUUUCGAUGUGAUCUCUGUGAGCGAUCUUUCCAGCGAAAGACGCAUCUGCGGACGCAUUUCCAAUCAAACACUCACCAGCAGAACCUCGUGAAGCAGCAGCAGCUGGACGGUGUCUUGUGAAGUCCUAUAGAAUAAUUCGUAACACGUACAGCGGUAACCAAAUGGAAUCUUAGUUUAAAAUGAAAAUUGUUUAGCGGUCUUAUUUUGAGCCAGUGUUGCACGGCGGCACCUGUAAAUGUGGGCGAUGGUUUCGGUCAUAAAAAAGAUAGCUAGAAAUAGCCAACAAAUUUUGUAUGACAGAAAAAAAUUACACUUUCUGUCGGAAAAAUAAACGGAUGAUUUCUUAUCGUUC